GCAGACCUGCCUUUAUCGCUCAGACCAUGGAGGCUGCCUUUGCCUCAGCCCAGAUUCCCCUGGCUCUACCAUCUAGCUGGCACGCCUCCCUCCCCGUCCCCGAGGACCACCUCCAUGGGGCUCAGGGAGCAGAUGCCCCCGGAAGCUGUGCACCCCUCUGGAGACCCUGGAUGCUCACCACCCAGGACAUCUUGAGACAAGAGAGGAGACAGGUGGAUUGGGCUUCUGGAGGGGAGCCAGCGGAGGAGGGCAGCAAGGCAGUCACGACGUUCCACCAUCCUGUCAGACUCUUCUGGCCCAAAUCCCAGUCUUUUGACUACUUGUACAGUGAAGGGGAGAAGCUUCUAGAGAAUUUCCCUGUCCAGGCUACCAUUAACCUGUAUGAGGACUCAGCCAGUGAAGGCGAGGAGGAGGAGGAGGAGGAAGAAGAAGAGGAGGAGGAAAAACAACCUUCAGAAGAGGAGUGGGGAUCCCCCAAGGGACCAGGACCCGAGCAGCAAGAGAUUGCCCUGAAUCCAGCCGGGCGUCCCGUGACCUGCCCAAACUGAAGGUGCCACCCGGGCUGCUGGGUGGG